GUGAAAGUUUCCCUUCAACUGUGAACAACUCGCUGUGCUCGAGCACUAUAAGGAGACAUUUCUACUAAUGAAGAGUCAUGAGUCUGAUCUUGAAGAUACUUAGUUACCUGUUUCUAUCUGCAGGUGUGCAGUGUGUCCAUCAGGUAUCAUGGCUGCCCUGUAAGUUCUCUGAUGAACAUGUGUUUGUGAAUAAUGACAGUCUCACUGAGGCUCAGCUCAUCCAUCGACAGGCUAUGCUGCAGUUUGGUAAAACAGGAGACGCUCCUGUUAAUCCAGAUGGUAUCACUUUCCUGAUCACUGGAUCUAAGGUGGACCUGCGGCGGUACAUAGAGGGAGCAGAAGCAGAGCAGUUGGGGUGUGAGCUGCAUAGGUACAGCACAGAGGGCAUCCAUGUCCGCUGGCCUGUCAUGGGGGCGCGGCACUAUAACCACUGGUUCAGCUGCACCCUCAGACACACCAAAGGCCUGUUCACAGUCACCAGCAUCCUAAGACACCCCUCUGACCAGCCUGCUCCAGGUCAGCAGGACUACCACAAAUGGCCUCCCAUCGGGGACAAAGAGAUACUCACCACAACAGUCGCCAUGGUCAUUAAAACACGGACUCCAUCAGUGAGAGCAGGCCUGGGCUCACAACAGAAGCUCCACUGCCAGUUUGCUGUUGACCACAAAGGACCAGACAUCACUGUUGAGUGGCACUUGAAACAUCGUGGAGAGAAAAGAUCACAGAUCCAGGGGACUGGAGUUGGGCUGAGGGGCCUGGCAGGCGGGGAUGCUUCCUAUACCCGCCUAGUCACCAAUAUGAGCAGUGAAGGGACGUACAGCUGUUCAGUGUCAGUGAAUCCAGUGUCGGUCAGCGUGGAUAUAAAUCUGCAGAUCCAAGAGCCUCCCCGUGUCUCCCUCAGCACUGGAUCCACUCUGUCACUGCUGGAGGGCGAGCUCCAGAGGGUUUCCUGCUAUGCGGAAGGUUACUACCCUCUGGAUGUGAAGAUAGUUUGGUACGUGCAGGACCCACCAGUGUCGGACCAGAGGGUGGGAGCCCCUCUUCCCAAGCUGCUGGAGAACGUUCUUCAGUCCAGCCACAAAGUGAAAUGGGACAAGAACUGGGACAAGACCUACUCGCUGACGGCUUUCUUCUACCGCCGGGCUUCACUCAGGGACUCAGGGAAACAGUUCACAUGCAGCGUCUCCCACCAGUCCCUGAGAGUUCCCAUCAAAAAGAGCUUCAUCCUGACUGUAGAGGAUCCAACCAGACGGAUUCUUAAGCUCUCUAUUGGCGGCUCUGUGGUCACAUUGAUGGUCUUCCUGUAUUUGUUUCGUGCACGAAGAAAAACAGCAAGUUUGAUUUAACCAUCGCCAUUGUGUGUG